AUGCAGUCCGAUAAUCCUUAUAUGGAUUGGGGUAUCCUGAACCUGGACUCAGACAAUGAUUACGACGACUCCCAAUUGAGUAUGCCGAUCAUGGCUGAUCAUUUGGGAUUCAGUCCACUUACACUACACUAUGCUUAUUUCGUCCUCAUACCUGCGAUCGCCAGCAUCAUAUUCUAUACGGCUUCAACGCAGAUCCACGACCUCCACUAUGUUGAUGGGUUGUUCAUGUGUUUCAGCGCCAUUACGGGGACGGGAUUGAACGUGAUGAACCUGUCUAUACUAAAUUCUGUACAACAAGGCACCCUGUUCACCCUUCUUAUCCUCGGGCAUGCUAUUCCUAUUUUCGGUUUCAUCUCUUUAAAACGUGCCUGGUCGCUCAAUUCAGCUCUGAAACAUAGUUCAAACAAGGAAACGGGAGAGCAGAAUGUGCCUCGCACGCCAACGUUGCAAAUGCAAAAAGAGCAAAUCACCGAGGAUAUUAUUUUGGCUCCAGUGACGGCCAAGGCGAAAGUCACCACUGCAGUGAGAGAGGUUCCAGCGGAUGUUUCGUCUCCUGGUGAGCCCGAGGGAUCAUGGAACGACUAUGGCUUCAUGGUUGUCACAGACCUGACACAUCGUGAUCAAAAUCAACCAGUCGCUUCCAUCACAAUAAUCGGUAACAAGAAAGAUGUCAACAAUGGAAAGGCAAAGAUUUUACGCGUGAAUAUUAGACUGAAGAACAUGAUGCAAUGGGCAGCAGACCGCCUGGCCCGCAAAGACUCAAUCCACUUCAGUGCGCCCGGUGGGGUGGAGUGUAUGGCACUUUUCCUGAUAUCAGUGCUUGUCAUAUUAUAUUUUAUCGGGUUCCUUCUUCUCGGUAUUGUGAGCCUCGGCCUCUGGUCAAAGUUUGUUCGCCCAGACAUUCCACGCGAAAAUGGAGCCUCGCCUUUCUGGGCAGGCGCUUUUCUUGCUACAUCUGCGCUUUCCAACAACGGCCUGUCUCUUAUCGAUACCAACAUGGGCCCUUAUCAGAAAGAGUGA